AUGGUAAAUGAUGAUAUCGGUAAUGUGUUUCGCGGACUAUUCUACUAUCCCAACGAGACAUUCCAGGGAUAUAAAACGCCACCAGCGCAUUUUUACUUUCGUCCCUUUCACUUGUUCAACACUCGUCAUCAUAUAAUUCCUGCUGGUGGUCAGUGUUUAAGAACCGGAGAGAUUUGUGCUGAAGUCUAUUUGGACAUAUGGGAAACAUUUGCGACAAAAUUCAAAGAUUUAUGUCAUUUUUCAUUCAAUUUUAUAACUGGUCUAACGCACAAUAAUCCGAAUUAUAUUGAAGCUAUCGAUGAGCGAUUGUCAACAUCCUUGCAACGUUUACAUGGGAACGGAGUGUUCAAUUCCAUGGCACUUGUUAUAAUGGGAGAUCACGGGAAUCGGAUUGGCUCAAUUCAACGAACAUACAUUGGUCGCAUCGAAGAACGAGCGCCACUGUUCAGUAUUAGAUUACCCGAUGCCUUCACUUACAAGUAUCAACAGGAAACAAGAAAUUUAAGGAGAAAUAUGAAAAGAUUAACGAGUAAUUUUGACAUACAUCAAACACUAAAGGAUAUCUCGAGGGCAGAAUUUCGACGAAAUCGAUCCUAUUACGACCGAAAGGGUAAUUUCUCCAGUAAUUGGAAAGAUAUUGAAUAA